ACCAUCUCAUUCACCUUUACUUGCACACUCAUAAGCAUUCCCCCACUUUUUCCCUUUCUAAAACCUCCUUUCUUUCUCUUUAACUCUGCCCUUUUAAGAAUAACAAGUUUCUUGCUGAUAACAAGAUGACGACAACAUUUCUGUUGGCUUUGGUAGCAUGUCUAGGCCUAGCAGUAUUGUGUACAACUGUUCUCAGCGCCGCAGAUGAUCUAUACGUCAAUAUCACUAUACUCCAAAGUGCAACUGUGGAAGGUGCAGUAUGCCUAGAUGGAAGUCCACCAGCCUAUCAUCUGGAUAGGGGACAUGGUAGUGGAGUUCGCAGCUGGAUUAUCUACUUGGAUGGAGGCGGCUGGUGCGACAGUAUCCCAGAUUGCCUUAAUCGUUCAACUAAUUUCUUAGGUUCUACCAAGCACCUGGAUCGACUAGGUUUCUUUAACGGGAUACUUCAUAGCAGUUCUGAAGUUAAUCCAGAGUUUUAUAAUUGGAACAGGGUGAGGGUGAAGUAUUGUGAUGGUUCAUCUUUCACUGGUGAUGUUGAACAAGUUGACCCUGAGAACAAGUUGUUUUUCAGAGGGGCAAGAAUAUUUAAGGCUAUUAUGAAAGAUCUAUGGAGCAAAGGAAUGAAAUAUGCUGAAAAUGCAAUUCUAUGCGGAACUUCAGCAGGGGGGUUGGCAACAAUCUUGAACUGCGACAAGUUCAAAUCCCUCUUGCCGAAUGAUGCCAGAGUUAAGUGUGUUGCAGAUGCAGGCUUCUUCAUCAAUGGGAAGACAAUCUUUGGUAAUUCAGAUAUUCAAGAGAUGUAUCGACAAAUUGUUAACCUACAUGGAUCGGCUAAGAAUUUGCCGUCAGCUUGCACGUCUGCAAUGGAACCAAGUAUGUGCUUUUUCCCUCAGAAUGUCGUUCCAUAUGUUCAGACUCCACUUUUCAUAAUCAAUUCUGUCUAUGACACUUGGCAGAUUACAAACAUUCUUGUUCCUGAAAACCUUGAUCCUCAACAUGCUUGGAAGGAUUGUAAGCACAUAAAUAACUGCACAUUUAGUCAGCGUGUACUUAUACAAGCCUUUGGAGUGGAGUUCUUGAAGACAUUCGAGGGACUAUCCCCUUCUUUUACGAGGGGUUAUUUCCUCACGUCUUGCUAUUCUCAUGGGGAAAUUCGUUCACGGGGAUACUGGUUCAGUCCUAGCUCUCCGAGGUUGCUUAAUAAGACAAUCAAUGAAGCUGUUGCAGACUGGUACUUUGAGAGAGCGGGGUUUCAAUAUAUAGACUUGUACCCUUGUGCUAGAGAUUGCAAGUAAGGGGUAUAAGUUAAUGAAAUUUUGUACCCAACGAAUAGGCUUGCAGAUGUUGUACCUGCUGCUAAUUUGGUGGUACGUAGCUGCGGAAGAGUAGCUAUAAGUUGGAGCAAAGAAAGUGUUUAUGUUUUACACUUUUUAAUUCCUAUUAGAGUUUUAGUAGAUAAGUUUCUGGUUGUUUAGUUUAGCCCGACUUAAGUUUUAAUGCAUUUCAAUUUGGUAAAGUAGAGUAAGUUAAAAGAUUGUGAACUUCAAUCCUGUGGUCGUAGCUGUAAUUAGAAGGAUGAGCGUACUAAUUUCUUUUAUUGUGAAUGAAAAAUCUUUAUCCUUCUCUCUGUC